CCAGGCCGAGCGCUGCUGGUGCUAGUGGCGUCCGAGGCUGAAGGCUUGGCGAGAAGGGCUUGCGGUCGCGUGUCGGGCUGUUGGUAUCGUGGCUGCCGAGGCCGUCCGCUCCUGGUCAUGAGAGGAGAAAGAGUCCUGAAGCAAAGACAUUUUAGAGAGAAAAUACUCAAGGGCCAUGCAAGCCAACUGUAACCAACUGCAUGAUCCUCCAGGCACUGCAUAUGAAGAUGCUGCAGCCUCCCCGUGUGGUCAUUCAAGAUCAACAGAAGGUUCCCUUCACCCUGGGGAUGUACAUAUCCAAAUAAACUCCGGACCAAAAGAAUAUUCUGAAAAUCCAAGCUCUAGAAAUCCCAGGUCAGGCGUCUGUACUUGUGGACAUGGGUGUGUGCAUGGUCGUUUCCGGAGUUACUCCCACGGUGAAGCAAGACCACCUGAUGACUUUGCAACAGAGUCUGGGGAACAUGGAAGUGGCUCCUUCUCAGAAUUCCGCUAUCUCUUCAAGUGGUUGCAAAAAAGUCUUCCUUAUAUUUUAAUUCUGGGUAUUAAACUAGUUAUGCAGCAUAUAACAGGAAUUUCUCUUGGAAUUGGGCUGCUAACAACUUUUAUGUAUGCAAACAAAAGCAUUGUAAAUCAGGUUUUUCUAAGAGAACGGUCAUCAAAGCUCUGCUGUGCUUGGUUACUGGUGUUCCUGACAGGUUCUUCCGUCCUCUUAUAUUACACCUUUCAUUCUCAGUCACUUCAUUACAGCUUAAUUUUCUUAAAUCCUACACUCGAACAGUUGAGCUUCUGGGAAGUUCUUUGGAUUGUUGGAAUUACAGACUUCAUUCUGAAAUUCUUUUUCAUGGGUUUAAAAUGCCUGAUUUUAUUGGUGCCUUCUUUCAUCAUGCCUUUUAAAUCAAAGGGAUAUUGGUACAUGCUUUUAGAAGAAUUGUGUCAGUAUUACCGAAUUUUUGUUCCCAUACCAGUUUGGUUUCGGUACCUUAUAAGCUCCGGGGAGUUUGGUAAUGUAACUACAUGGAGUCUUGGGGUAUUGCUGGCUUUACUCUACCUCAUACUGAAACUUUUGGACUUUUUUGGACAUUUGAGAACUUUCAGACAGGUCUUACGAGUAUUUUUUACACGACCAAGUUAUGGAGUGCCCGCCAGCAAGAGACAGUGUUCAGAUAUGGAUGGUAUUUGUACAAUAUGUCGAGCGGAAUUUCAGAAGCCAGUUCUUCUCUUUUGUCAGCAUAUAUUCUGUGAAGAAUGCAUCACCUUAUGGUUUAACAGAGAGAAAACAUGUCCACUGUGCAGAACUGUGAUUUCAGAACGUAUAAACAAAUGGAAAGAUGGAGCCACUUCAUCUCACCUUCAGAUGUACUAAGUUGUUCAAACUAUUAAGGCCUCAAGACACUUAAUUUUAUCUGGUUUGGUAACUAUUGAUAAAGGCAUCAUAAAUGAUCUCCAGCAAUAGAAAAAAUUUUUUUCCAAGAGUAGAAAAAUGGUUUUGGGGUAUCACAAGACAUAUGUUUAUAGUUCAGUUUCUCAAAAGUUUAAGUACAGGAGCCCUGCAUUUUUAAACUAUAUAUUCAUUCACUUUAAUAAAUAUGCAACAUUUAUUCUACUUAUUUGACAAAUAAUUGCAGUGUUAAAUUGGAAAUGUGAUUUCUUAUCAGUAAUACCAAAAUAGCAAUUAGAAAGUAGAACUAGCCAUUUUAAAGGGGUUCAGGUACUGUUUCCUGACAGGUUUCAGAAUAAAGAUUUUGCAUAGUAUUUUAAGAUAUAUAUAUAUAUGUGUGUGUGUAUAUAUAUAUAUAUAUAUAUAUUAUCUGAAACAAUUUUCACUUUUAUA